AUGGAAAAACUCCGUUUCAUUUUGAGUGGUGGAAAGUGGGGCAAAGAUCACAGGUAUUUGAAUGAACUUGUUUUACACUGAUGCAAAAUUAAUUCAAGUCAAGUCAAAUAGACAACUUGCAUGUUAGACUAAUUUUUGAUUUAGGCAAAAAAAGUAAAUUCCCAUAAAGAACUUAAAAUUAGAAAAAUUGCAAAAUUUUGUUACAAAAUGUUGUAAAAUACGGAAAAUAUAGCUUUGCAAAGUUUGCAUAUUUUAUAUAUGUUUGUAUUACCGUUAUUACGUAUGGGAAUUGUUAACAUUUUUGAGCUGAAAAUGGUAACAAUAUCUGCACAUAAUACAAACUGAUACAAAAUUUGCAAACUUUGCAAGGCUAUAUAUAGCCUAUAUUUUCCAAGCUUUAUAUCAUUUUGCAACCAAAUGUUUGCAAUUUUACUAAUUUAAUUAUGUUCUGUUUGGCUGUGAUGUUUGAUUCCCUUCUCUUUACUUAUUGAAACAGUGCCUUUUUUAAGGAAUUUUCACUGGGGGGGGGGGGGGGGGAAAACAGGAAAAAAAGGCAGAACGAAAAAUAUGAGCCGUCGAGGUUUGGUGAACGUGCGAGUCUGGAGAGAGAUUUUGUAAAACUUUAAUUUAUUAAUUUCAGCGAUAUUUUACUAGCUUUAAACAAUAACUUCAACUCUUUGUAGCUAUAAUCGUACAGCUAUAACCAGUGGCGUAGCCAAACGUUCAUUUUGCGGUGGGGGGGGGGACUUCACACUGCAUUUUGGGGGUGAAAUCUAGCAGAAUUCCAAAGAUUAUAAAGUACAUCAAUGUGAUUUUGAUUAGAAAUGUUGCAUUUAAAUCAUUUUAGGUUCUAUGAGACGCCAUUUCCGCAUUCUCAAAAUUGCGUUGCUUUUUCAUACGACACAGAAUAAGUCUGAGAAGAAAUAUUCAUGCUAUGAUGAUAAAUAUAUGUAUUUAACAGUUAAAAAUCUAAACUAAAUCUAUUCUUCUUGGAACCAUAUCUGGGGGGGGGGCUCUUAAUAUAACUUGAUAUUUUUAAGAAAAAAAAAAUUGCAAUAAAACCUCCCAAACAAAACACAACGCCUCUGCGGAGGAGAGUGCUAGGAAAUAGUCGCAAGCCUUGGAAAGGCUAGCAUUUUAUCGGAUUGUUUGCAUGAAAUCUAUCGCUAUUAUGAAAUACUCGGUGAAGAACAACAUGAAUUACACACAAGAUGGCUGUGGAGGAGGCUAUGGAAGGGCAUAAUCUCAUUAUCAAGUAAAUCAACUGCAAUUCUGACAGCAAUCAUGAGCAAUUCUGCUUCACACUUUAGGGGCAGAAAUGACUUUACUGGGGAGGGGGGGCAAAUUCUUUCCCUGCGGGGCAACCCCCCCAGAUAUAUAGUUAAAAAAGGCACUGUAUUGAAAUUUAGUCUAACAUGCAAGUUGUCCAUUAGUUGAUAGUAAUCAGUUCUGUUGUGUACUUACAUUCCUAUUUUACAUAUAUGUAAAUCACAACAUACUGUAACUGUAAAAUCUUUGUCUAUUUUCAGCUUGCAGGCACCAAAAAAUAUUAUUGAACUUGCAGCUGAACCAAAGAUCCAGCAUUUUCUAAACAACAUCCCAAUAAAGGAAAGUCUUGAGAACAAACCUAUAUAUCAGCCUGGAUGCUUAAGGAAAGUAAGUGAAAUUUAUUGCAUAAUGUUGUUGAGCCACCUUCAGGGUAUACGCAACUUUUCAAAUGAGUGAAAUAUUUUAAUUUUACAGUACUGUUCAGAUAGCAUACCGUAUGUUAAAUUGUUAUAUUUUACCCACUAGGGAAUGUAUGUGAGAGGAAAACUCAAAAAGCUACCACUCACCCAAUGUUUACCACUUGCCACCAUCCAAGCUGCAGGACUUCAAAAUGAAGUUGAAAAGAUGUGCACUGUGUAUGAAGCAGUUAUCAGUGAGAACCAUACACUGGUAAAUUCUGGAGCAUCCAUUGUAUAUUUGGAUUCUCAACACAAGGUAUUAAUGUUCGAUGUUUAAGCUGCAGACCAGUAGCCUUUUUCCAACUUUUUAAACACUUAAAUUUUGAAAUGGCCAAGUUACAGUAACACUGUUAACAAUAACAAUGUUAACAGAAUAAUUCUUUUUCUCACUCUAAGCAUCAACUUGGAAUUUUCAAACAAGGAUUGAGUGUUGGUGAUUCUGGUGAAAGUAAGGUGGUUCAAGUCCUGAAAGUAAGGUUAUGCAUGGAUCAGCAUGAGGAAAAAUUGCUAGGAAGUUUCCAGUGUCCAAAGGUGGAAAAGACAGAUGAAGUUGCAAUAAUUCCUUCGACAAACGUUGUUGAUAAAGUCUGUCUUGUCCACGAUUGUCUAAAUGGAAAUUGCUUUUUUGGUCAGUCAGAGAAUACCAUCAGGAUUGAAAGGGAAAAUAUCACAAGAGAAAGAUACACGUAUGUUCACAACACAGACUAUAAUUAUUAUUUGUUAAAUAAGUUUUAUCUUGGUGAUUGAAUGAAAUAUUUUAACAUUGCAUGAAAUAGUUCUGUCUGGGGAAUGUUGACAUGGAAAAAUUCAAGACUACAGUAUUUCACUCAGUGACUCACACUCACUGGCUAAGGCCCUGUUUAUAUGAGCCCUAGCUGCAUGAAGGGCUGGCCCUCCUAUGCGAGAUCCUAUAUGCUAUUAUAAAUCUCUAUCAGAAAUUGUUUUUGUUUAUAUCAGGCCAGCCCUCCUAGGUGAGAUCUCGCUAUUGUCUACUGAAGAUCUUGUCUAGUAUGGCUGAAAAUUUCCCAUAUAAGCAACAGUGAGAGCUAGCCUUUCGUAGGGCUGGAAAUUUGGCAACUAUGCAUGCGCAAAGCCGCAAAGAGUCCAUUUCAGUAACAAUUUCCAGGCCAGCUCUGUAGGGCUCAUGUAAACACCACCUAUUUAUAAGAGGGCCCACGUCCAUAUUAUGUUACCACAAAUAACAUUAAAUCGACAUUAUGAGUGAGUGGGUUUUUAUGUGAACUUAUCGACGUUAUCUCGUGACAAUUUGACAAUUAAUGUCCAAAGUAUAACUAUCACAGUACAGAUUUUGUAUCAUAAAUACAAAAGUCAAAAUAUGGCUUUUGUAUCAUAAAUACAAAAGUCAAAAUACGGCUGAAUAUCUAUCAACGUUAUCUGGAGUGGGUGGGUGGGUGAAGAAAUAACGUCGGUUCUACGUUAUUUGUGGCAAUAUGAAUAUGGACGUGGCCCUUAAAUGUUGCAUGUGAAAAUUUACUGACAGCAAACUAAGCAAAGUCAUGAUAGUCAUAGACACUUAUUCUUGUCAUGAUUGCUUACUGUAACUUCCUAUCAAUUUGUAGUUAACAUUUUCGAAACAUUGUAUAUCCUCUAUGUAUUCUUAAAGCGUAUUUCAAUAUUAAAUAUCCAGUUAAACUUAUGUGUAUACUGUGUGUUGAAUGUUGACUGUUGAUGACCAACAGUUCAAAUAGUAAGGUUGAAAUUCUAAAUACAAAAUGUAUUAUCGUACCUUCAAUUCUACCGUGGAUUACCGUACCACCGCUACGUACACAAUAUCCCAUUUCAUUACCGGUAUUUCAAAGUCUUGAAACUGGCGAUAUUAUUUAAAAUAAAUGCUCGAUAUGAAGAAGACAAAGAACACGAAGAUUUCUUCCACGUGGAACGACGUAUAGUGAACACCGGGGAUUCCACGAGAAAAUCCCCAAGAACCCCGUAUAACCCCGGGGAAAAAUCCCUUCAGAACAUGAUUGUUCAGCCAUGUCGAAGCAAUGAAAAACAGGUUUGUUGUCAUGAUUUUUAUACAUUGUUGAAGCAACGUUCUUCAUCGUUGUUGACCAUAUAAAACAUGAUUGUUAUCAUGCUUGGUUUGCACUGUUGCGACAACAUUGUUCGUUCCUGUUGAAUCGUCAGUCUUGAACAGCGUUGUCCCAACAGCACUGAACAGUAUUGUUAACAACGUUGUUCAGUGUGGGCAGCAAAACACUGUUCAAGCCUGUUCGCAACAGCAUUGUUCGUUGCUGUUAUCAAUCGUGAACAAGUUGGGCGUUUUUACGCGUGUAAUAUAUAUCCCCAAGGUUGGCAAGUAAAUACAAAUUUAAACUGUAUACACAAACUUAAUGACGAAAAAACUCGUACAUAAACAUCGAAAUUCAUUAAAAAAACUAACUCACUAUGGUAACAAAUAACUGUAAUUCUUCUAUAUUGUGUUUUUUUCUUCUCUCAUCACUUUUAAACGAGUUAAUUUUGCGAAAAUUCAUCAAUUUCGUGACUAAAUUUGGUCAAAACUAUGCGGGAUGACGGCUCCCGGCGUUACGUCACAAAAUAAAGCUCUCUGAUUGGAUGGCUGAAAUUCUAAAAUUUUGUCCGCGAAACGAAAACCGGGGGGAGGGGAAUUUCAAGUUGUACAAGACUACAAUAGCGCUGCAGCGGGAAAUUUUAAACUUGGAAAAGACUCAGGAAGUUUCAAAGUGUAUAGUUAAAAAUAAAAACAUUAAAUAUAUAAACAAGAAUCUGUAGAAAAUGUGAAGACUGUGGAAAAUGUGAAGCGCGAAUGGAGGAAGUGUUUUGACCGGUAAAUAGUUUGUUUUGUUGUUGUUUUUAUCUUUAAAUACAACGCACAGCAUUUAACAAAAUGUGAAUACAAAACAGUUCGUUUUAACAAAUUUCAGUCGGUGGUCAUACUCUGUCUCUGGAUGGAGAACGACAGACAAGAGAAAAAGAAAGGGUUCUGCCCGACUGCAAGAUGCUUUGAAUGGUAAGUGUUUAGUUAAAUACCCUGGUUGCCAGAGGUUCUGUAUCUUUCGCCUUAUUCCCGCUCGUAUUUAUUUUACGCGAGGCGAAGAGAACCUCUGGUGGCACGCGAUACAAAUCUCUCUUCCAUGCUGACGUUGCCGUUUGAGAACUUGCAAAACCGGUUUUAUAUUUGUGACGUUUUUAAACUUCCGGGUUUGUCAUACUACCAAAAUAGCUCUCUUCAGACCUUGUGUAAAAUUGAUAUUAAAAAUAUUAAGCAGCCCAAACAUGCAGAUUAUUCGUAAGGAUUAUGUAGAUUUUCUCACAAAAGCAAAAAAGCAACCUUACUGAUUGUUAAAUUUGUGGAAUGCCGUUUGCAUUAGCGAGCGUAUAAAGUCAAAAGUGAAAGAAUAUAAAUAUAUAAAUAUUUAUAUAUAUGUGCAACGGAGCCAGUAUGUAGCAACGUUUCCUUAACAUACAACGGGAAAAUAUUGGCAAAAUAAAUCCUAUUAAUAACUAUCAAAGUCGAAGAAUUACCAAAAUUUAAAACUUUGAACGAUAUAAAGCAAGUGACCAACACUUUAAUAUAUUUUACAAAUAUUAAUACUGGAACUGAGUGAACAUGUCAUGCCGUCAACUCAAGUCAUGCCGCGAUGGCAGCUCUUCUCCAGCGCAGAAAAUCUUUUUAUAGCGGAACAAAGUAUAAGUUAAUCUCAAAUAUAAACCCACACCAAGUAAAGCAUUUUAAGAUUUUAAUACGUUCGACGUUCGUAUUAUUUCUGUAUUUUGUUUACAUCGUGUUCUAUUGUCUAGCCAAUCACACCACUUCAUGUGACUGCUAAUUAUAACUAACCAAUCAUGUGCUUGGUACAAAUUUUGUACCAAAGGAAGAGAGAUUUGCAUCGCGUGCCACCAGAGGUUCUCUUCGCCUCGCGUAAAAUAAAUACGAGCGGGAAUAAGGCGAAAGAUACAGAACCUCUGGCAACCAGGGUAUUAGUUAAAUUGCUAUUGUCAAAAGUUACAGAUUUAAUUAAUUUUUUAAUAAAUGUUUUUGUUCUUUAAAUUUAUAAAACGAAAUGCCGUGCAAUGGCGGUAUUCGGAUACGUUUCCAACUAUAUUUCAAAACCGAAGUUCGCUCAAAGUUAUAUAUUAAAAAACUAUAUUUAUCUAGUAUGUAUAGUACUCAGAACUUCGAAAAAGUACUGCCAAAAUUUGCUGUCUUAACUCAGACUUUAAUAAAGAUUGCAUUGCUAGAUUGCCGACGACAUUUUACAACAAAACAAGACUAUACGUGCCUGUAAAAAUACCUUGCGAAUCUAUCUAUAGUAUACUUUUGGUCUAAUUUUUAAAUAAUACGUAGAAACAUUCGUUAAUAUUAAUUCGUGCUGGAGAGUAUGUUUUUAACCAUUGAAACAAGUUUUCAACUGAAAAGUCUGAAAAAACUAUUACAAUUGUAUACAUGACAAGAAUAUAAGCAUGUUUUUAAGCCGGAGUGUUUUAGACUGCUACAUUCUAUAUAUGCACGAGUGUCAAGUGUACAUUCGUAAUUUUGUACGGUAUUAAAGUAUUAAUAGUUGGUUUAAGCGACAAAAUUUAUAAACAACAAGCCCAAAAUCCAAUUAUUUUAAAUACGUAUGGAAAGAAACUGAAGUUUUUCCUUUGCUCGGAGCUAUUAUUUAACAUUUAACGUGAAAAAAACACAUGCACAUGACAAAGAUCAUGCACUUACCUGUAAUCUGUAUACUCAGCUGCCAAACGGCCAUUAUUGAUUUGUCCUCAAAACAACACUUCACCAAAAAUAAAUAUCGCAGAAGAUUAAUUUCUGCCUUUUGCCAAGUUAAUAUGAUCAGGUACAAACACUACGUACUAGAUAUCCAAAAGACAAAACCAAUAAAGUUGUCAAAUCACUUUGCAUGUGGUCUUUUCAACAGCAUGUAGACGUUGUUCGAACUUCGAAGCCUCUGCCAAACCAGUUCUUUUUCAGUUGAAGCAUAAGCAAUCCAAGUGCAAACACAUAUUAAAACCGAUCAGCAAAGUAUCCAGCAAACAUAUAGAUAAUUGUUGAACAUAGUUGGAAAGAAAAACCCCUCUUUUUACGUUUUAAAAUGAACUUCGAGAUGAACUUCGCAUUAGCCACAUGCACUUUGAAAGUUCAAAACGACAAAUGAGAACAACGCGCGUGAUUGACACAUGACUGAUUGUUGCCGCUGACCAAUAGAAUAGCUCCGUGUUGUCACGUGAUCUGUUCCCUUUGAAUUUAGCGAGGGCAUGUUCGGUAUAGGGAGGUGUCAGUUUGAAAAAGGUUUUUGGUUAAAACUUUCAUUCAUAUAUAAGCAUCUUCAUUGCAAAACAAUAGUUUCGGCAAUUAUCUAUACUACCCCCCCCACCAAUUAAAAGUACAUCACAUCCAUCACCUUUUUCACUUUUUACAUCAGACCUUAGGCAUAUCACUAUCAAUCCAGGAUGAAUUGGAGUAAAGCGCAAGAAAAGGUUCUGACAUUUGCAACGUCGAGGCAUAACCUCUGCAUACUUGGUAAAUCAGGUUAGUGCAUGGACAUGCAUAACCAUAUAGUAUAAAUACGCUGAUUUUGAAAUAAUUAUUGAUGAUGUUUUUGUACUAUGUAAAACACGAGCUGGAUUAACGCUAUACUGCGAGUUUUGAAUGGCUUCAAACAUAUAAUGAAAAUAAUAGUCAAUAGAUGCCUAUCAUUAGGAUUAGCUCUUUAGCAUUGUAUAAAGAAUACUAAAGAGAAUGAGUUUUCUCAAGUAUAAAACCACUGCACGUGGUGCAUAUAUAUAUAUAUAUAUAUAUAUAUAUAUAUAUAUAUAUAUAUAUAUAUAUAUAUAUAUAUAUAUAUAUAUAUAUAUAUAUAUAUAUAUAUAUUAUGGUUGACAUGCUUUGCCAAAAAGCUUACGAAUUAUUAAUGAUUGUUUGAAAUGGUGUUUUGUAGGUGCAGGAAAGUCGACAGUUAUUAAAGAACUUCGAAAAAGAUUUUGCCAGAAUGGGAAAACAUGCGAAAUAGUUUGUCCAAGUGGGGUUGCGUGCAACAUAUACGAAGGCUUGGCAAGGACAGUUCAUUCUUUCUAUGGCCUAAACACCGCGGAACUACCUGCGUCGCUUGUCAUUCAAAGAUCUCUUGAACGCCAGAAUGUUGUAAACCAAAUAAAAUCCUUGGACGUUUUGAUAUGGGACGAAAUUUCAAUGUCAAGUAUGCGCCUUCUCAACAUUGUCAAUCUGCUCCAACAGAAUAUCCAUAACAAUACACUGCCCUUUGGUGGAAUUCAGGUUAUCCUGUCUGGAGAUUUUCAUCAGUUAAAACCAAUCCCAGAUGUCCUAGACUCCGGCGAUCCAGUUUACAAGUCUAUCAUCUUUGAUAAGGUCUUUCCACAUCGAAUUGUUUUGACCAGAAUAAUGAGGCAAGGCGAGGGAGAAAUGCGAUUGAAGGAUGCUCUUGAUUCCAUAAGGUUAGGUAAAUGUGACGAUGAAACCGAGGCGUAUCUUCGCGGUUUAUCUAGAAGUUGUACGGAAACUGGCGACACACCACCUAUUCAUAUUUAUUAUACGAAGCUAUCUGUAGCCGUCCAUAAUUCAUAUAUGCUAACAAACCUUCCUGGUCAAGUGCUGAAAUUCGAAAGUACUGACACUGGUCGCAAAAUACUACUUAAAGACACUGUCGCCGAAGUUUUAAUGCUAAAACCUGGAUGUAAAGUGAUGCUGUUGUUUAACAUAAACGAUGAUUUGAAGAAUGGAACAUUCGGUACUUUCAUUAAUUCAAGUAACAGCAAUGGUCUUCAAGUUGAAUUUCCAAACGUUGGAGUAGUAACCCUGCAGCGCAAAACAUGGUAUAAGUAUGAUCAUGCUGGGCGUGUUCAAGCUAGCCGUACGCAGUUUCCUCUAAGUUUGUCCUAUGCAAUCACGGUCCACAAAGCACAGAGUACUACAUUAGACAGUGUUGUUGUGCAUUGUAGUCAAGAAUUUGAUUCCGGUCAAACAUAUGUAGCAUUAUCGAGGGUAAGGAGUGAAGACAACCUCCAAGUAAUUGGAUUUCAGAAACGAUAUCUUCUGCCACCACCACCAGAAAUAGCCCAAAUUGCUACUACUCGACAUGGCAACCCUGUUGAAACAUUUAAAUGCUGUUCAAACGUAGAAUUGGACGGAGAGAAUUACAAGUUAGAUCGUAAUAGUCAAUAUGAAGAUCAUAGCGAAUUGUUUGAUAACGACAUAGCAACUGAAGAAGAAAUUGCGAAAGAAUGUUUCGAGGCAAAUCAAGGAAGCGCAGUCGAUUUAGAUGGAAUUUUGCACUCUAUGACUGAUGGUGCCAGUGAUACUCGGUUCGUCUCCCCUCCAUCUGAAUUUUCCAUAAAGACAUUUUUGGAGUCAUUGAAUAAUGAUUCAAAUACAGAUGAAAUGAGUGAACUCAUCAAAGGAGCAGCAAAUUAUGCCUUAGAAAAUUUAACGUCCUUUGAAUUACUAACAAAGAUUCUAUGGUGCAGAGUGGCCCAACUUUUCGAAGAUUACAUAUCAGAAAAUGCGGUUGAACGUAUAUCAAGUGCAAAUUUCACGCGAAUCACAGCCAAGUUGAACGAAAUGUUUUUGACUAACGAGUACAGAAGUGACAUCAUGGCUGCCUUUAGUGUCCGAAAUUGGUCCAACAUUACUUGUGGCCAGCGAUGUUUAGGGGUUCAGCUUCUUUUCCACAUAUACCAGUUAUUUGUUGCAGAAAUAAGAAAAGCGGUGAAAUUGCAGGAAACAGAGCAUAUUACCCUGCAAGUGUCUAACAUGGGAGCAGAAGGACGGGGGAAAGUUAGAUACAUUGGUGGAUGGGCCUUACGCAAAUUGUUAGAAAAGUCAUGA